AUGAAUGCGAGGUCAUCAGUAUCUAAACUGACGAUCGAAAUACGACAAAUUAAAGAAACAUUAUUGGCAAUAUUUGCGCCGUUAAUAUUACAAAGAACCCAUGGAAAAAUUCGCUAUACAGCAGAAAAUAUUUACCAACACGGUUCUGUUGGAUUUAAAGAAGUGUUGUGCGAUUCGAUACCUUUCACUUAUGUUUGUGUGAAUAGUAAUGAAUUAAAUGCAAAAUUGCAAACUGAAAUUGAUUUGUUCUGUUCAGAAGUAUCAUCGAUAUUAAAUAAUACUGAACGGGUUUUGCAUGAUUCGUUUAGUGAUUCAGCCAAAUAUGAAAUUGUUAUUCCCAGCGCAAAGAUUGGAUUAGAGUUCUAUCAACGGCAGAGACGUUUAUUACUGCCUCAAGAUGUUCCGUGGGAAAUAUGGCAAAUGGAUCUAACUGUUGUUCGUGCUACUGAUGAUGGGUAUUUGAGUAGCCUAGCCGAUUCAUUAGCUGAUGAAUUAACCAGUUUACAUCUUAAUUUUAUAUCGGCAAUAAAUCAAUCGAUUUAUCUUCCAAAAGUGCCGUCGAAAUCAGAAUUACUAAAUGUCUUCGAUGAUUCUAUCUCAGAUUGUAAUCCAUAUUUAUAUCGAAUCGUACGACCACAACUUUCUGACGGCUCAAGAAGCUCGAGCUAUUGGCAAAGUGCUGGUGGUGCUACGGUGCGAAGAUUUUUAAAAGAUACUCUUUCAUUUUAA